CACUAUUUUGUCGAAAUACCAAUUUAAAAGUUUAUUGUUGAUAAUUUCGAAUCUUAUUCGGCAUUUUUUCAGUUUUUAUGAUUAUUGCAUUGAAAUUUCAGUAUCGAAUAUAUUUUAUAGAUUUAAAAGAGUAUUAUUAAAACAUAGUGGAACAUAGUUUAGUAGCGUUCAUAACAAUAGAGGUACCCAAUCAAAUCAAAGAGCGUAUGAGUUAACGAUGAGUUAAUAUCAAUGCAGUAGCCGCGCCUUUUGUGUUGGCGUUUAAUUUGUAUAUAUGUAACUUACCUACCCUUCUACGACAUUAAUACAAAAAUACUUUAAAAAGGUUUCUUGCGAGGAGUAGUCAUGGGGUGCACGCAAAGUGAAAUAUCUCCACAAAAUGAAACGCCGAAAAAGGGAUGUACAGACGUCUUAUGGCUGGUUAUUUAUGUGAUAUUUUGGAUAGCAAUGAUAUUUGUUGCUGCAAUCUCUUUUGUAUAUGGAAAUCCGCAACGUCUCAUAAAUGGAUAUGACUCUUUUGGUAAUACAUGUGGUGUAAAAAAUAACAAGAAACUAAUUAACUUCCCACUUGCUGGCAUAAGCACCGCUGACAAAAGCUACUUGUUUUUUAUGGAUGUAAAGCAAUUGCGUCGAUCUCUCAAAAUAUGUGUUAAAGAAUGCCCAAAUAAAAGAUUGGAGACUUUAACUGAUAUACAAAACUUCUACAAGAAAACUGGAUCUAGUUUAUGUAGAUAUGAUAUUAACUUGAAUACUACUUCAAAUACUGCAGAUUUAAACAACUUCAUAGGCCCUUGUCCUGUUUUACCAGUUUAUGAAUCAUUUCCACUUCUUAACCGAUGCUUUCCAAAAUCAGCAAAAGAAGUUGCUCAGAAAGUUUUCACCGAUUUCUAUGAUUUGCUUAACAGCUGGGACACAAUAGAGCAAAUGCUGUCUGAUCUUUAUAACUCUUGGAAAGAAAUGAUAAUAUGUGUUAUUAUAGCAUUUAUUUGCUCUUUAAUAAUGGUUUCCAUUUUGCAUUUAUUGGCAACAUUAGUGUCAUGGAUAUUUAUGAUCGUAGUAUCAAUUGCAAGUGUGGCGGGUACAGCCUUGCUAUGGUACACCUAUCAUGAACUUAGAACUAAACAGAGAGACUUCUCUGAUUCUUCUGCGUUUCUAGCUGAAUCCUUCAAAAAUGAAAAAGCCUUCCUUUGGUACUCCAUUAUAGCAACUAUAAUUACUGUCAUUUUGCUCCUUCUCGUGUGGGUGAUGAGAUCACGGGUGUCAUUUUUGGCAGCUUUGUUCAAAGAAACAGCACACUGCCUUGGAUCCAUACCAACUCUCUUCCUCCAGCCAAUUAUUACAUUUUUCUUCUUGGUGCUGUUCUUUACAUUUUGGUCAUCUGUUGUGGUUUGUUUAGCUACAGCGAAUUAUCCUGGUAUACCUUAUAAAACAAACUUCUUUAUUAAUGGUACACAACUACCAGACCAUGUUGAUAGUGCAGCCAUACAGGCUCAGAAGAUUAACAGCAGUGCAAGUUUCAAAAGCUAUAUUCUAGAUCCGAUAGAGUUCAACCCCAUGUGGGUGAGGAGCAUGUGGUGGAUGUGUCUGAUCUGCUUGGUGUGGGGCAGUGAAUUUAUACUGGGCUGCCAACAAAUGACCAUUGCGGGGGCUGUGUCGCAUUGGUAUUUCAGAGGUCCUCACAGUGAUUCGUCUCCAGUGUUAUAUUCUGUUGGAAAACUCCUUAAAUAUCAUCUAGGUUCAGUAGCUAAAGGAUCAUUUUUGAUCACAUUAUUCAAAGUGCCACGCCUUAUUUUGACAUAUCUGCAUGCCAAACUUUCGUCAAGAGCAGAAAAAGGUUCGGAAUGUGCUAAGUGUGGAUUAAAAUGUGGUAUUUGUUGCUUUUAUUGUCUUGAAAAAUUCAUUCGCUAUUUGAACCAUAAUGCAUACACAAUAAUUACCAUUGAAAGAUGCCAUUUCUGUAAGGCUGCAGCUAAGGCUUUCAGUGUUAUUGUGAACAACGCCUUGCAAGUGGCCACAAUAAACAGUGUGGGUGAUUUCAUUCUAUUUCUGGGCAAGUGUAUAGUUACAGCCAUAACGGGCAUCAUUGGCUUACUUCUGCUGAAACGAAACUCUGACUUACAUUUCUUCGCAGUUCCUACACUCGUCAUAUGUAUUUAUUCGUUCUUCAUAGCGCAUUGCAUUCUAUCUCUUUAUGAGAUGGUAGUGGAUUCUCUAUUUUUGUGCGUUUGUGAGGAUCGCAACAUGAACGGUGACAAUGGAAAGUGGAAAAAUUCAAGAUUGGCAGAACUUGGAGGGCACAAAACAAACAGACAGGAACCAAAUAGCGCCGAAAUGGAAGAUUUGCAGGAAAAAUAAAAACCGACAUAACAUGGAAUAUCAUUAUGACUUUCAAAGGCUAUGCAUAUCUCAAAUCUCAACAUAUUUUUAUAAGAUAUAAUAAUGAUCUGAGUGAAGUUGCCUAUUUAUUGCAAUUUUUAACUGUUGUUUCAUGUUUUUUUUUUUUGUUAAAAUGACGAAUAGGUUUACUUAAUAACUACUUUUAAUGUUGAUAGAUGAUACACAAAUAUUCGAAAUAUUAAAAUAGGUAACUACAUAAGUUUACAACAACGGCGGUUUACAAAUUUAUAUUAUACAAGCAUGUUUACACAUUUUAUCAUUUGUCAGCUUUUUUUUUAAUAUAAUUUUUUUACUCUUUUCUAUAAUUAUACAAAUUACGUAUGUUGGUUUAAUCUCAAAUGAAUUUAAUCUCAAUAUGUAAUUUUAAUUUUUAAUAAUUAUACCUAAACCUAUGAUGAACUUUCGGUACAAUCAUGACUAGUGUGUAAGAAAAAAUAUUUUGAUAAGAUCUUUUAUUUUUUAUAAUAUUUGAACAAUCUAAUGACACUUGGCUUUUUAAUGAAAUUUUCACAUUUUUUAAAGUCUUGCCAUCGAAAAAUACAUGGUGUGAAUGUCUUGUAUUGCAACCAUACAUUUAAGGAAAUUAAUAAUAUGUAGGUAAUUAAUUAUACUCAUUAAGUACAUUAUAUUGAAUAGAAUAACUUCUCUUCCAUUUUUUAUUAAAAGUUUAUUUAAGCAUAAUACUAAGUUAUGUGAAUUGUCUCUGUUAAAAUAUAAAUUUUGUAUUUUUAUA